GACCGGUUGGAAAUGGCGUCUGCGCAAGAGAAUUCAUUGUAAACACAAUACAGAUUGCACACACCCUUACCGCUGCUUUGGAGAAGACCGGCGGUCCUUACCUUUUUUUAUCAUAACAAUUUGCAAUUGUCAUUUGUUCUGAAAAGUUUGUUGAUUGUUUACGUGAUAUUGAAUCGACACAAUUAUUCUGUGAUAAAUUACGUUAUAUUUUACCCGCUAGAAGUUAUAUGGAAAAAUAAAGUCGCGAUAAUGGAGCCAAAUAAGAUGCUGAUUUCCUGCAUUGAAGAUAAAGAUUGGGAUGUAUUGAUGACAAUUCUCAAGCCUAAGGACUUUCUCGUCGUUGUGCCAAGAACAAUGAGCGAUUUCAUUAAAGUGCUGAGAGUUGCGGAGCUUUUAGUAAAUGAGGAUCUCCAGCUUCCCGAAGAGUUAAUAAAUAUUCUCCUAAAAUGUUUGGCUAAUUCUUGCGUUCAUAGUUUUUAUCAAAAAACUUAUACACCAGAGGGAGACAUCUCAAGUUAUAAGAAUAUUUAUAAAUUCUUAUUUGAGGAAGUUUCCAGAUUGAACGAACAUAUACCGUAUCCAUGUCUUACUUGUUUUCCAUACGAUAGCAUAGUUAGAUGGGUUGUUAAGAUUAUUAUAGAGUUGAGCGAGGCUAAAAAGAAAUUGAAUGACAAUCAGAACGACGUCUUAAGAUUGAGUCUCCAAUUUUUAUGUAAUUUUUUUACAUUUAGUUGUAAAAAUUCGUCGGCUGUAGAUAGUGUAAUAAAAUGUAUAAAAUUAGUUGGAGAUGAUAGAGCACCAAUCGCAAGAGUAGCUUGCGCCUACGUUCAUAAUAUGGUAAAACAGCAUUUGCAACAGUUUUAUACGACAAUUGAUAAAAAACAAUUGACCACUGAGCUAAUCAAAUCGACAAUAGCAGAUAUUAGAGCGGCGUUGGAUGCACUUUCGUUAUUAGUAAAUGAGCCACACUAUUUAAAAGAAGUUUACAAUGAAAUAAGUAUUGAUGAUAAAUUGUAUUUACUUGAUAUCAUUUUUCAAACAGUUCAUUCGGGUCCUUGUAAUGAAGGUAUUGAAAACCCUACUGGACUUCAAAUAGAAGUUAUCGAAUUUUUAUGCGACAUAUUUAAAAAGAAAAGUGAUGCGAUUUUCAAAUCGGUAGAUACAGAAAUGAGUGAUUUAGAUAUUACAGAAAUUACCAUGUUGUUAGAUAUCAUUGGAAUUAUAACAUCCAAGUCAAAUAAAGAGCAAUGUAAAAGUCUUCAGGAUGACACAAGUUUUUUAAUUAAUUGCCUUUUUCUUUUAAAAGCCGUUCAUUUGUAUGGCAAACAAUCAAACAAUCACUUCACGCCUAUACAAAAGUUGAACGAUCUUACAUUAAAUACACAGAAUAAUUGUUGCAACGAAGCCGAAGAUCCAAAUAAUCAUGUUUGCUUUAAAAGCAUCGAAGCACAUCCUGCCUAUCGGUUUAAGGCAAGAUUAAUAAGAGUAAUUGGAAAUUUAGUUUAUAAACAUAAGAAGAAUCAAAAUUUGAUAAGGGAAAAUGAUGGAAUUCCACUUUUACUGGAUUGUUGCAAUAUUGAUGCAAGAAAUCCAAUGAUAACCCAGUGGGCAAUUCUCGCAAUUAGAAAUUUGCUCGAAGAUAAUCCGGAAAAUCAAGAAGUUGUCCAUAAGAGUGUUAAAGUUGGAGUUUUCGAGAAUUCAGUAGUACGAACACUAGGAUUAACACUUCAUGGUGAAGGCGAAGAGAAUACAAUUGGCAUUAUGCCCUUACCCUCGAAGAAUAAUUAAUAUGGCUUAAUGCCAUUAUAAUAAUGAGA